AUGAGCACAAACCAAACUGUGUCCAUUGAGUAUACAGGCAAGACCGCCAUUAUCACCCUUGAUAACCCAAAGAAGCUCAAUGCUUUGAGCCGCGAUGACUACUAUCGGCUGGCUGCAUUACUGCGAGAAAUCGCCCAGCGGGAAGAAAUCCUGGUGACGCUUCUUCUUGGCAAGGGCCGCUUUUUCUCAGCAGGCGCCGAUAUAUCUAGCCAAUCCCCAGACCUGGGCACCAUGGAUCCCCGCCACUUCUGGCUCCCCGCCCUCGCAGUCAACAACAUCGAGCUAGCAGACGCCUUCUACUCGCACCCCAAAAUCCUAGUAACAGCGCUAAACGGGCCCGCCAUCGGCCUCUCAGCAGCCAUGAUCGCUCACUCGGAUCUCAUCUUCGCCACCCCAGAAGCCUACCUCCUCACCCCGUUCUCCUCGCUCGGCCUCGUCACAGAGGGAGGCGCGAGUAUCGCCUUCGUGCAGCGCAUGGGCAUCAGCAAGGCCAAAGAGGCGUUGCUGUUUAGCCGCAGGAUUACCGCGGAGGAGUUGUUGCGGAGCGGGUUUGUGAAUCGGAUUUUGGAUGGUGGGAAGGAUGAGGGGAGGUUUCGGGAGAUGGUGAGGGGGGAGAUUGAGGGGUGGGUUGGGGGGCAUUUGCUGGGGUCGAGUGUUUUGGGGAUUAAGGAACUUUUGAGGGCACCGGGGGAUCGGGAAUUUGGAAAUCAGGCUGUGAAGGAGUUUAUGGGGGGUUUGAGGAGGUUUGCUGAGGGGAUUCCGCAGGCGGAGUUCGAGAAGAUUGCGACUGGGGCGAAGAGGCAUAAACUUUGA